CAAGUGAUCAGUAAAUAUCAAUCAUCAUUGCUGUCGUCAUAUUAAAUCGCAAUAAACACCAGUUACUUUAUACCGUCAUGCAGCGUGAGUGCGAUAACAAGGUCAAAUGUUUAACAACAGCCUAGAUAGUUCAGUUGCCUGACAACCAGCAAGCUUCUAUAAUAUCCGUCUUAUAUAAGUUUAUAUAAUCAAAGUGCGCAGUUAACAAAAUCCUCAUUACAAUGUCUUGCUUUAAUUACAUCAUAAGUGCUAUUAUAAUUUUGAUCCUCACAUACAAAUAUCUAACACGCAAUUUCGCGUAUUGGAAAAACCGCGGGAUUCCAACUGCCGAUGGAGUAUUGCCGGGAUUUGGACACAUGCUGAGUGUGUUUGCCCUCAAGAAAAAUAUGCCUAUCAAGCUGCACGAGAUUUACGCCUCUUCCACCGCCAGCAUGGUCGGAAUUUUCGACAAGAACCAACCAGUUCUCCUGAUCAGAGAUUUGGAACUCGUGAAAACAGUACUACAGAUGGAAUUCUCGAGUUUCAGCGAUCACAGGCCGCUAGAUUUGGAUUCUGACCCCUUACUGGGGUUGGAUCCGUUUUUCGUUAAUGGUGAAGCAUGGAAGCGCAUUCGCGGGAUCUUCACUAGUGCUUUUUCCUCCAAAAAACUCAAAUUCAUCGGAACGGUGGCAAAGUAUGAGAGCGACAACUUUGUUAAGUUUAUUGAUCAAAAUUUCAAUAGUGAGGAUGGAAAAUCCGUAGAACUCGACGUUAAAGUGUUGUUUUCAAAAUUUACCGCCCAAGUGGGCGCCAAUGCGAUCCUGGGUGUCGACGGAAACGCAUUUGUUGGUACUGAUCCUCCAGAAUCACUCCGAGCGAUGAUGAAUUCCAUUUUGGAAAUCAACACGUUGGCGGCAAUCAGACAGAACAUCGUUUUCUUGCUGCCGUUCAUGAGCAAAAUGUUCAAGGUCGGCUUCGUUCCUGCUUGGGUCAAUGAAACCUUCGCGAAAAUGGUCGCGGACAUUCGCGCAAUGAGGAAGCAUCAGUCCUUGAAGCGGGAAGACUUGCUGCAACACAUCAUUGAUUAUGAAGGAGGAUCUUCAGCUUCAGACGGAGCAGAUCUUGUGGCGCCCAGCGCAUUUUCGUUCUUCAUCGAAAGCUACGAGUCCUCCAGUUUGACCCUCAGUGCCGCGGCUUAUUUGCUCUCAAAACACCCAGAUGUCCAGGACAGGGCUCGUGAGGAAGUGGUUAAACAAAUUGAACAGCAUGGAGGAAUUAGCUACGAAUCAGUCAGCGAGAUGAUCUUCUUGGAGCAAAUUUUCCGCGAGACUAUGAGGCUGUUCAGCCCCGUUGGGAGAUUCAGCAAGAUUUGUUCGAAAGCUAUCACACUUCAAGGACCCGAUGGUCUCUCUUGUGCCUUGAAACCUGGGGAUGAAGUUCUCAUUUCGGUUUCGGGCAUCCACAGGGACCCGGAGAUUUGGGAGAACCCGGACGAAUUCAACCCAGACCGCUUUGCUAAAGAUUCUCCAGAAAAAAAGCGUAAGUUUGCUUUUUUGGCUUUUGGAGAAGGUCCGCGUAUCUGUCCGGGAAUGAGGAUGGGUUUUUUGCAGAUCAAAGCUGCCAUUGCGACUAUUUUGAAAAAUUAUGUUAUCAAACCUUCGACGAAAAUGGUUGAACCGGUCCAAGUGGAUCCUAGGUACUUUUUGACCGCUGUUGUUGGAGGAUUUUGGGUGCAGUUGGAAAGAUUGUAGUUGGGUUUCAAAAGGUGGGGCUUAAAUAAGUAUCAGUUAGGGUGGGAGAGGGGGGAGUGAAAUUAAUGAGAUUUAAAUAAGAAAUAAUCAUGUGAUUUGUUGUGUAAAUAAAAUAUUUUAAUAAAAAGUAUAUUCUACUGGUUAUUUUUAAGAAAGUUUAAGCGCAACUAAUGAGUCAAAAUAAU